AUGUGUGAUGAUGUGGAACCUAAUUUUGACGCUAUGAAUGACGGAGUUGAACCUGUUAUGAUUGAUUUGACUGAUGUGUUUACUACCGGCAUGCUGUUCGAUACACGAGAUGAAUUAUUGAAAUGGGCUAGAAAUGUUGGAAGGGAAAAUGGAAUUGUUGUUGUGAUUUUUAGAUCUGAAACUGCAACAGCACGACCAAGAACAAAGACAAAAUUAAUUCUUGGUUGUGAAAGAAGUGGUAAAUAUAGACCUUGGAAGAAUCCUAAUCUUACGAGGAGUACUUGGACUAGAAAAUGUGAUUGUCCAUUUAGAUUGAGAGGAACACGAUCAAGUGUUGGUGAUGGAUGGUAUUUGCAUGUAAUAUGUGGUCUCCAUAACCACGAAUUGGCCAAAAAACUAACCGGUCACUCUUUCUUAGGCCGAUUGUCUCAAGAUGAGAAAAAUGUACUUGGUUUACUUAAAGUCAUAUUCCCCUAUACCACCAGCAAGUAA